UUUGGGCCUUUUUCUAAAGACUAAUUGAGUUCUCGAAAGUUCGCCGGAGACAAUUUCGGAUUCCUCCGUCUUUCUCCAGAAGCUUUGAAUUCUCACGACGAAGCAGAGAGAACACUACUUCCUCUAGAAUUCAGAUCAAUUUCACGACUGAUACACAACGAUGGAGCAAUCAGCUGCUCCACAACCUCUGCCAAUGCCGUUACCUUAUCUUCCAAGCUCCGUUCAAGCUUCGAGAGACGAUCUUCAAUGUAUCGGAACUAUGGAGAUCGUCCGACCAAAACCAGUCGGUUUUCUCUGCGGCUCCAUACCUGUUCUCGCCGAUAACUCGUUUCCAGCUUCUUUUACUUCGGCGAUUCUACCUUCUCAGGAAACUUGCAGCGUCACUGCUCCGAGGUACCAAAUGCUUCCGAUGGAGACAGAUCUUAAUCGGCCUCCUUUGUUGACUGAUUUUCCGGAGAAUGUUUUACCUCUCGCCGCCGUCAAGUCUAGGAUCACCGGAGAUAUAUCUAAGGAAGCUAAUGUAAUUGCUUCAAACCUUAGUAAGAAAUGUGAAGCACUUGCUGUAUUGGGUUUAGUGGAAUACGGAGAUGAGAUAGAUGUGAUUGCUCCUGUUGAUAUUCUUAAGCAAAUCUUUAAGAUACCUUACUCGAAAGCUCGGGUUUCCAUAGCGGUUCAGCGGGUUGGACAGACUCUCGUCUUGAACCCUGGACCUGAUGUUGAAGAGGGAGAGAAACUGAUUAGGAGGCACAGCAAUCAACCCAAAUGUACUAAAAACGUUGAUGAAUCUUUGUUUCUUAACUUUGCUAUGCAUUCAGUAAGGAUGGAGGCGUGUGAUAUUCCCCCGACGCAUCGCCCACAUACAGAGAAACAUUCGAGUUCUUCUGCUCUCCCUGCUGGAGAGAACUCUCAUGGGCUUCAACAGAAUUUUGAUAGUGCUCCAGAUGACAGACUUGACAAUCCUGAAGGGAGUAGUAAACAAUCUAAACAGGAUGGUUUCAUUUGUGAAAAGAAGAAGAGCAAAAAAAACAAGGCACGUGAGCCGGUAAGAAAGAAUUCUCAAAUCAGUGAAAAGAUCAAGAAGUCUUCUGGAGACUCUGAAAAACACAGGAGAGGUGGGAACAAUGAAUUUUUAAGAGUUCUAUUUUGGCAAUUCCACAACUUCCGCAUGCUUUUGGGUAGUGAUCUGCUUCUGUUCAGCAAUGAAAAAUAUUUGGCUGUAAGCUUGCACUUGUGGGAUGUUAGCGAAAAGGUUACACCUCUAACCUGGCUUGAAGCCUGGCUUGACAAUGUAAUGGCAAGUGUGCCCGAGUUAGCAAUUUGCUAUCAUGAGAACGGUAUUGUCCAAGGGUAUGAGCUUUUGAAAACAGACGAUAUAUUUCUACUAAAAGGUAUCUCUGAGGAUGGUACACCUGCCUUUCAUCCUCAUGUUGUUCAGCAAAACGGCCUUGCUAUUUUAAGGUUUCUUCAAUCAAAUUGCAAAGAGGAUCCUGGAGCUUAUUGGCUCUACAAAAGCGCUGGUGAAGAUGAACUUCAGCUCUUUGAUCUUUCCAUAAUCUCAAAGAACCAUUCUUCAAGCGUUCAUAAUGACAGCGCAAGCUCAUUACCAUCUUUGAUUCACAGUGGAAGAAGUGACUCUAUGUUUUCUUUAGGAAAUCUUCUUUACCGUGUUGGUCAUAGGCUUUCUUUGUCAGUGGUGCCGAAUGAUAGGAACAAGUGCGCUAGGUUCCUCAGACAAUGUUUAAAUUGCUUGGAUGCGCCUGAUCAUCGGGUUGUACGGGCAUAUGCACACGAGCAGUUUGCAAGGCUCAUUUUGAAUAAUGACGAGGAAUUUGAUUUGAGUUUUGAGUCUAAUGGUGUGCAACGUGAAGUCAAAAUAACAGACCUAGAGGAGGAAUCACUUGAUCCUGUUACUAUUGUUGACCAUGAAAAUGAGGCCGUGAGUUUCUCAGAGGACAAGUUCACUGAAGAUCACUCAGUUUCUAAUAUUGUGCCUGUGCCUUUACUGUCUGUUAGACCAAAGUUGGAAGAAAAUUUGUCAUCUUGCAAGGAACUCUUACAUUCAGAUAGUCCAGAUUCCCACGAUACUGAAAGCUCUGUAGUGAACUCCAGUUCAGAUACUAGUUUCAAUCUUGGUACGGUAUGCCAAACUACAACUAGUCCGAUCUCAUCGAAACUAUCAGCAGUAAACCAUGUUUCUCAAGCUAUAAAGUCUCUGAGGUGGACAAGGCAACUACAAUCUUCAGAACAGGAUGAUGCAUUUCAUGAUAUCGUACCUGAUUUUUCCAAAUGUGCAUGUGGUGAUCCUGAUUGUAUUGAGGUCUGUGAUAUCCGUAAGUGGCUUCCAACAUCGAAACUAGACAGGAAAUUGUGGAAUCUUGUUCUGCUUCUCGGUGAAUCAUAUCUGUCUCUUGGGGAAGCUUACAAAGAGGAUGGACAGUUGCACCAAGCUUUACAUACUGUGGAAUUAGCUUGCUCGUUUUACGGAUCAAUGCCACAGAAGUUUGAGGAGACAUUGUUUGUUUCCUCGAUGAACAAGUCUCUUUCACUGCGGUCAAAAUCGCAUGCAAACUCAGGGCCAUGUGACAUCAGUGUUGGGGAACUAUCAUCAACACGCCUCUUCUGGGCUAAAGUAUGGAUGUUGGUUGGCGACAUAUAUGUCCAGUUCCACAUUCUUAAAGGUCAGGAGCUCUCCAGAAAAACAAAGGGGACAUCAACCAAUCAUUUAAAAAUGCCAUCUGAAGUAGUAAAGGAAGUACAGCGCCUCAAGAAGAAGUUAACUGAGUAUAGUCAAAAUUGUGCCUCGUGUUCAUUAGUAAAUUGCAGCUGUAAAAGUGACAGAGCAAGCAGUGGAAGCAGCGCAAGUAGCAGCAAUGGAAGUAGUGCUCGUACUGUGCCUCAUAGCAGGAAGCACAAUAGAAAAUUACAGUCCAAGAAUGUCGCCAGCAGGGUCUCACGAAAUGUUGAAGAUGAACGUGUUAAUUUCAAAGUUGACAACAAGAGCCGCAAAGAAGAAGAGACAUCGGGGGAAACAAAAGAAGCUGUCCCUCUAGAGCAGAAUGAAUCCAACUCUAAGGAAACCCCAGGAGCAAAAAAGGGUGGAAUAUUCAAAUAUCUCAAGGGGUCUAAAACUGAUGAUGCAGAAAGCAAUCUGUUGGCUGCCUUAAAUUGUUAUGAGGAAACUCGAAGAGCAUUACAUGAGCUUCCAAGCGGCUGUAAUGAGUUGCUGUCUGUUCUUAGAAAGAAAGGGUGGGUAUGUAAUGAACUUGGUCGGAACCGUCUCUGUAGCAAAGAGCUCAACAAAGCUGAAGACGCCUUUGCUGAUGCUAUAGUGGCAUUCAAGGAAGUUUGUGAUCAUACUAAUGUUAUACUAAUCAACUGCAACUUGGGUCACGGGCGACGAGCUCUGGCUGAGGAAAUGGUUCCAAAGAUCGAAGCUCUCAAACUGCAUCCUGCUUUUGAAAAUGCUUACCAACAAGCUUUGGGGACUGCGAAACUUGAAUACAGCAAGUCACUUAGGUAUUACAUGGCAGCAAAGACAGAACUCAGUGUGGCUACUGAAGAAGCUAGAUUGGUUCCAGACAAUCUGAAAGUUGAAGUUUACACACAGCUUGGCAAUACCUAUCUCAGAUUUGGAAUGCUUUUAGCAAAUGAAGAUUCAACCGCUGCAGCUUGUGAACAGAAGAGCAUCUUGGAAAAGACUCAUGAUUCUUCUUCUGAUGGAAAAUCCAGCGACUUGAGAAAUCAUGAAGUAUUAUCAGCUAGUGACGCUAUACGAGAGGCAUUGGCUCUAUAUGAAUCUCUCGGGGAAAUACGCAAACAAGAAGCAGCAUACGCUUACCUUGAGUUAGCACGGUAUCACAAAGAUUGUUGCUUGGGAUUUCUGAAGACAGAGCGUCAAGGAAGUCCUCUUAAACCGGAGACUAAUGUCAUUCAGAGAGCCAAACAAUAUGCUUUGUUGGCAGAUAGAAAUUGGCAGAAAUCAAUGGAUUUUUAUGGUCCUGAGAAUCUUCCUUCCAUGUUCCUGACGAUCCUGAUUGAGAGAUCAGCUCUUUCCUUGAGCGUUUCAAAUUUCUGGCAAUUAAAUGCUAUGCUUGAGUCAGCUUUGUCUCGCCUACUAGAAGGCCGUCACAUCUCCAAAACAUAUGCGGAAUCUUUAAGAACCGAGGACCCGGAGCUAUACACCAAAUUCAUGGCCCAAUUGCAGAUGGUUCUAAAGCGAAUACUGGCCUUAUCCUUACCAGCGGAAGGAGCAAACAAGUCUCAGACCUUUGGAAGAUCCGGAGACUCUGGAAAACUAAGGGAGCUAUAUAAAACAUCACUCAAGUCAACAAAUCUGAGCGACUUGAAUGCAAUGCAUGCCUUGUGGACAUCAUCACCUUAGCUAAGUAAUGUUCUCUUCUCUACUUCUGAUUACAACAUUGCUAACUUUAAUAUAAAGGAUGUCUAACA